UUUAGAUCAAACUAUUGGCAGACCCACUGCUGAACUUGCAGAGCCAUGGUCUAGUCUAGUGAACAGAUGUAUGAAAUAAAUAAAGAAAUAUUAAUAAAUGACUUUAUGCAUUAGAACAAUAAUAACAUCCUCUCUAACACUAAAUAGUUUAAAUGACCAAAAUUACUAACAUACAACCUUGUUCAAUUUGUGCCAUUGUGUUACAUUUUUUAAUGUGCUUUGAAAAGUAAAUACAAGUGAAUUUAGAUUGUAUCAGUCAAGACUGACUCAUUAAGCUUUUAUAUUUUACAUAAGCUCAUUUUAAAUGUCAUUUGUGUUGUCCACUUUAUCAUGAGGCACAUAUUUCCUGUUUAAAAUUCUAGUAUUCUUGUUUUUUAUUUUCAUAAGACUGAUGAAGUUGCCUUUUUAUUUGUUUGUUUUGUGGGGCACUAUAUAAUUUAAUCUUUUUUGUAUAUGUAAUCAAGUUUAUUUUCAAAUUUUCUUGUAUUGAACCCCAUGUGAAGGAAAGUUAUUUUUCAUUGAUCAAUUAUAUAUUUGCAAAUAAUCUUUUAUGUAAAAUAUCUUACUCAGGAUAACAUGCAUUUUGUAUUGUCUCCCUUAUUUUGUUAAAAUUAUUAACAUUUUCACAGAUUCUGCAAGUGGUUCACAUACUUUUUCUUGCAACUGUAUAUACCUAGGAUGGUGUGGCUAGUAUUGAGGAUGAGUAAAUCAUGGGAUAAUUUUCAUUUUUGGGUGAACUAUCCCUUUAAAUUCAGUCAUUUAGCAUAUAGUUUUAAAGGAAUAGUACCACACAACCAGUUAACCAGGGUGUCAAUAUAUGAGAGGUUGGGAGGGCCUAAAAGCACAUUGCACAUGCGCAGCAUAUCAGUUUUUCAUAAUAUGAGAUUGACAACAACAAGCCCCUCAGAUUUAAUAAAGACCUUCCUCUCUUCAGUCAGUGUGAUUUUAGUCUUGCGGACUUGUUUGGCAACAGACAUCUGGACUCCUCCAUUAAACUGAUGGCGCUGUUAAAGCUGUUCCUCGGGGCUCUUCUGCUCCUUCAGUUUGUUCUGUUGGAUGGAGCUGAACCUCAGAACCUGAACUGCCCUGCAUAUGGUGGCGUUCCAGGGACUCCUGGACACAACGGUCUGCCUGGUAGAGAUGGGAGAGAUGGUAAAGACGGAGCAAUUGGACCCAAAGGAGAGAAGGGGGAGCCAGGAGUGAAUGUGCAGGGAACGCCGGGUAAAGCAGGACCGUCUGGCCCAGCUGGAGCCAAGGGUGAAAGGGGACCACCAGGCUUGCCUGGACGUGACAGCACAGCUGACUCCCUGAAAUCUGAGAUCCAGCAGCUUAACGCCAAGAUUGCUAUGCUUGAGAAAGCUGCGAGUUUUAAUACAUUCAGAAAAGCUGGACAGAAAUACUACGUCACUGAUGGUAUUGAGCUUACUUUUGAUAAAGGGGUGCAGUACUGCAAGGACUUUGGAGGAGCAAUGGUGUUGCCAACAACUGCUUUAGAAAACCAGGCGCUAUUGAAAGUAUUAUUAUCCAGUGGUUUAAGUGGUAAGAAGCCAUUUAUUAGAAUCACAGAUAGAGAAACCGAGGGACAGUUUGUGGACACUGAGGGGAAGCAAUUGACUUUUACAAACUGGCAUAAUGGUCAGCCUGAUGAUUAUAAGGGACUACAAGACUGUGGUAUUAUCACAGACUCUGGCCUUUGGGAUGAUGUCAGUUGUAAUGGUCAACUUCCCAUCAUAUGUGAAAUAGAAAUUAGAUAGAAUUUACACUGUAAAAUCAAACAAUCUACACAAUAAAAUUGAGGUAACAAUUUGCACUGAAUGUUUGGGUAGAUUUCAUCUCUUUCAAACUGCUGCUACAUAGACAGGUUUCUUGUAUACAAACAAUACUGGAUGCGCGCGCAUGCAGAACACAAGAUCCAGGGGGCUCCGCCCCCUGGAUCUGGAUCCAACUCCUCCCACUUUACAUAUCCUUUAACCUACCCAUCUCCGCCCCCUGGAUCUGGAUCCAACUCCUCCCACUUUACAUAUGACUUAACCUACCCGUCUCCGCCCCCUGGAUCUGGAUCCAACUCCUCCCACUUUACAUAUCCCUUAACCUACCCGUCUCCACCCCCUGGAUCUGGAUCCAACUCCUCCCACUUUACAUAUGACUUAACCUACCCGUCUCCGCCCCCUGGAUCUGGAUCCAACUCCUCCCACUUUACAUAUGACUUAACCUACCCGUCUCCGCCCCCUGGAUCUGGAUCCAACUCCUCCCACUUUACAUAUCCCUUAACCUACCCGUCUCCACCCCCUGGAUCUCGAGUGAUCUGCAGUAAGGGGAUACUGGGAGCAUUCAGGGGGCAGACCGCUAACGAGUUAUGCCGGAAAAAACGCUUAACGUGACUUAAUGUACUAAGACAGUGAUAUUAACAGACCAAACUCAGUAGACAUCAUACUAAUAAACCAUACUAUGUACAGAAAAGCAGUUGGGGCCUACUAUGUGAUAUUAAAAGAUCAAAUUCUGCACAAACCAAAUAUUCUAUAGGCUAUAGUAUGCUUUAUUAGUAUAGUGUUUACUAAGUUUGGUCUUUUAAUGUCACUGUCUCAGUACAUUAAGCCACGUUAAGCGUUUUCUUUAUGGGAGCAAAAUGCUUAAUUAAACGUGUUGCGUUCAUAUUAUGGGCUCAUCUGCUUUUCUGUACGUAGUAUGCUUUAUUAGUAUGGUGUUUACUAAGUUUGGCUUGUUAAUAACACUGUCUUAGUAAAUUAAGCCACGUUAGGCUUUUUCACGUUAAACGUUUUAGAACGUCCCGUUAUGGCGAGUUCUGCAUGCACCUCACGGGAGGUAACAGUCAUUUAUGCUGAGAAAAGAGGUGGAUGCAAAUCUCUGCAGGUAGCCUACAACAUCUGUUCUGCUGAAUUAUUUAUCACCAUUAAUAAACCCCACAAAGAAUAUUAUAUCGUUUUUAAACAGUACUUGGAGGUGCAUGCAAUUCUUGGCAUAUAACAUUAUGCAGAACUCGGCAUAACACCUGUAGAAGAUUGUAACGUUAAUCAACCAUUGUAAUUAAUGUAGAUUUCGCAUUGUUUGUAAAUUCUUGUUGACUCAAUAAUAAACUGCCAUUUCAGAGUUGGA